GCAAGGUUUAUGGAGGCUGGAGGUUUGCUGUGUGCGGUGCUGUAUGAUUAUAAAUAAUUUACAGUUUUCAAAGGUCGUUAUCGAAAAUAUAUACACUACGGAAUAUAUUUUUUCGUCUAUUAAUCAGCACUACGUUGUGGGCAAAAGGCUGUAACAAGAAACAACGCGUGCCCUACACCACCAGUUGGCUGUAGCCUAAAACCAUGAGCCGGAAAAGGUAUGAUGAACGUCGCAGCCGAAGAAGUAGGAGUAGGAGUUACGGCAGCAGUCGGAGUGGCAGCGCUGAUGAUGAAGAUGGUGUGAGACUUCAUGUUGCUGAUUUAGGAAUGGGAGUAUCAAAACGUGAAUUGCAGCAUGUUUUUGAUAAGUAUGGUCCCCUCAGAGAGAUAUGGGUUGCUAGAUCACCACCUUGCUUUGCAUUUGUUGUUUUUCGAGAGAAGGAUGAUGCAGAAGAUGCGGUGAAGGCAACGGAUGGCAUGACUUUGUGUGGGAGCCGAAUUCGGGUGACAUUUGCUCGUCCCAGGACUCGAGGGCGUGGUCAGCGUGGCUACGAUCCUAACAUGCGGUGUUACCAGUGUGGAGACAGAGGCCACUUCUCACGGGACUGCCCAGACUCCAAGUAUGGCUAUAAGAGGCCGCCAUCAAGGUCUCCGCAACCAGGAAGUCGCCGCAGCCAGAGAUCCCAGGAGUCCAGAACCCGAGGGUCCAGGUCAAACCGCCGACGUUGACAGCAGAUUCCACCUUGAUUGCGUGUGAUGAAUUUGUUGUUUGACUUUGGCUUGUUAAUGGAAGUAAUUAAAGACUAAUAUGAAAUCAUUAAAGCUGUAUAUGUGUCAGUAUUGUCAGAUGUGGUAAAUGGAAUGUAUCAAAUCUUUUCCCCCAUCCUUUGUGUAAGUACACUGCAUUGAGUCAUCUCUGUGGUAUCUGUAGAAAGUAUUUUCUUAUCACUAUGUCAACUCUGAGAUAACCUACCAGUUAUCAGUCUUAAGUGGAAAGUGGUGCAUAUGUCUAUCUUGUAACACAUUACUGGAUACUUUUCCCAUCAGGUACCACAGUUGUAAAAUACAUGUACUGUUUUGUGUCUUAAAGAAUGUGUAUUCAGUGUCGGUGACAUGCUAAGUUGACAGUACCACCUGUAAAUGGAGUAAACUCUGUGAAACAUUGACUUAUAUAUACAUA